UCCGAGGAGCAUCCGAGCCAGUCUGCAUACAUACAACGCACCAGUCGCAGUUUAAUAGACUAAUGGCAACGGAGGACAAAGGAAAAACGGUGGCGCCUCAGGCAUUACUGGAAACCGGACCCCUUUCAACAACAACAACACCAUACAGCAAUCUUAACAGUAACAACAACAAUAACAAUAACAACAAAGACAGCGAGGGAAGCGAGGGAGCCACAACGGCCACAUCUACAGCUGAUGUUGAAUCAGGUGGGGCUGAAAAUAUCAUAGGGAACGGUUCUUCUGUUAAUGCCACCGGAGGCAAAAACGGCAAAUGGGUCCGUCUCAACGUUGGGGGUACGGUGUUUCUAACGACACGACAGACGCUGCUGAAGGAACAGACUUCAUUUCUCUACCGACUGUGCCAGCAGCAAGACUUGCAUUCGGACACGGAUGAAACUGGUGCUUAUGUGAUUGACCGAGACCCCACCUAUUUUGGUCCCAUACUCAACUACCUGAGACACGGGAAGCUGGUUUAUAACAAAGAGCUGGCAGAAGAAGGUGUUUUGGAGGAGGCAGAAUUCUACAACAUUACACCGCUGAUUAAAUUAAUCAAAGAAAGGAUUCUUGAACGAGACUCGAAGGCCACACAGCAGGUACCACCAAAGCACGUGUAUCGGGUGUUGCAGUGUCAGGAAGAGGAGCUGACACAGAUGGUGUCCACUAUGUCGGAUGGCUGGAAGUUUGAGCAGGUCAGCGUGCGCGCCUGCCGAAAGCCCCGCCCCGGACUGCUCUGGACUAUGGUGAACAUUGGCUCAUCUUACAGCUACGGAACUGAGGACCAGGCUGAAUUUCUCUGUGUUGUUUCAAAAGAGCUACACACCUCUGGUGGAGGCUUGGGAACAGAGCAGAGUCACAAGACUAAGACCUCGGACACACAGGAAGAGGAUGAAGCAAGGGAGGAAGAGGAGGAUGAGAAGGAGGAAGAGAGAAAUGCCACCCCCAAUGAGUGGAUUAGAGAUUAGCAGAAACUUGUGUCAGUGUCCCAAUGGAAUUGCUUUUUCAGAUCCAUGGAUCCCGGAUGUAGGAUAAAGAGAAAUUUAUUUUUCUAGAUAUCAUUUUAUCAUGUGCUCAUGAUGCUGUUUUUAUUGUCAUGAAUUUGUUGACUUGAGCAACAGGUAUAAUUGUGAAAAAGACUUAACAACCAGCAGCAAAAAAAAUAGUAAUUGUGCUGAAUUAAAUUUUUCUGAUAGAAAAUGGCACUUGAGAUAGUACCAUUUAAGAAAAUACACAGUUAUAUCUUAGUAAAUGGCCUAUUACCAAAGAGUGCAACCUAGUUAUAGAAUACCUAAGUAAAUAUGAUGUACUUAAAACUGACAAAGCAGAACAAACCUGAGAACGAAGAAUCAGUAAUUUUACAAUAUCAUCAUGUUAAGAUUGUGGACUUAUUAAAUAGAGUUUAGAUUUUCCACAUGUACUGUGGCAGAAGAACACCGUUCUGUGGUGACUGAGGUGACGCAGACACCAAUCAUGCCCUGUUCCAUCUAGCAAACAUGCACAGAUCAGCUACUGGUAAAGUGCCAAUGGUGUCACCCUGGCAAACCACCAGCAGUGCACUUUACCACCAUUUUCAGUCUGCAGGAAUGCAUUUGAUAGUCACUGGUACCAGCUAGAAGGUAAGGGUGUCAUUAGAGGUCACUGGGAUGUUUUAGGCCUGUGGAGGUUUCUGAUAGUUUGGUGUAUGUAGUAUAUGAACUAAACACUAGUUACUGAGCACAAUUCACUUAGUGGUGUACCUACAAUGAGG